AGCAGCGUGCAGAGAGCAACAUUCAAGCUGUGGAGAUGCACUAUAUGGAGAGAUUACUGAUGGACCGCGUUGUGCUGCUGGUGCUUAUGCCUGCUCUCAUCACUGCCAAUGCAGUUACUCAAAUUAUGGUUAACUCUACUUCUACUCUUUGUAAUUGUACUCCUUCCAUGCCUACAAUUAGCCCACCCUGUACCGUCCCUGAGCCCCAACAAGUGAUCCUGCCGUCUAUAAUGGGCAGGAUAAAGGUAAAAUGGAGCAAAUCGUGUCAGGGCAUCAUAUACUUCUCCAUAAAUUUUACACAAGAUAUGGGUCUGUGUAAAAACACAUUAAUAAAUAAAAAAUUGGGUGAGGAGUUAUGUGUGGAAAGAACAUGUGGAGGUUUCCUUACGUUCAAAAACUCUGAGAAUAGAGAAGGGUUUGUGAUCCAUGAUAACCUAACUACGACCAGUGACACUUGCCAGAUGACAUCCCUUAUUUGCAAAGAGCCAGAGAAAAAAGAACUGGUGGCCUACAAAGUAAUGACAGGAUUGUUACUGACACUGAUCAUUCUCGUCCUUCUCUGUCGAUUCGCACAGCCAGCAUACAUCGCUGUCCACAAGAGAUUUUCACAGAAGCGGCAAAAUCGUUGGGUUGGCCCAACACAGAGUCAGAGUGUGUCCUACCAUCGAGGACAAGGUAAUCAUCCCAAUAACAAUACAACGAAGAGGCAGUCUUAUCCAGGUUUGGAAAGACUUACGGUAUAUCCCAGCAGAGAGCCUUCAUCGAACAGGAACAGCGACUAUGACUCAUACGGCGUUUAAGCUCCGCUUGUACAGUGUAGGAGUUUGUGAGAAUACUUCUUUUGAUGGCUCGGAUGUUACUCGAAGAUCAACCUGGUACUCACGAUAACCAGUCUGAUAUUACAUUUUGUCAAACUUCAAUAUGAUGUAUAUUUCAUAGUGUUAGCCAGAUUGCAUCUGGACCUACAUGUUCUAGCAGCAUUGAUUUUUUCAUAAUCACUGUUCAUAAAUUCAUAGAUUUGUACUUUUUGUUUUCACAUAGUUGAUUUGCUAUAAUACAUACAUUUAUAAUGUUUCUGAUAAACUAGCCCCAUGUGGCAUGUGAAAGAGUAUUGUUUAUUUAUUAAUUUGCUUUUUUGACCAGAGAUUGAUUCAUAACCCUCAUAAAAUUGUUCUUCUUCUUCUGCUUGCUCAUACUCUGAUCUGUUAACAUUCAACUAAAUUGUCUCUUACUGUUUUUGUUUGUUUAGAUUGUAUAUAUUAUGAUUUGAAUUCAUGCAUUCUGUGACAAGGAUUAAAUAUGUAAUGUGAUACAGUUUUAAUGUGUUAAAAUAAAUAUUUGGUAAUACUUUCCUGUAAGGUUCCUGUAACUAACAUUAUAUAGUGCAUUAGUUAACAAACAAACCACAGACACCAGCAUUAUUAAUCCAUAAGUACUGUUAACCGAGUAAGUUAUCAUGUAUAUAGACAGAUUUUUGUUAGUGUUGACGAUACAAUUAAAUAUACCUGCAUUGACGGUUUAGUCCACAUAAAUAUUAGUAAAAAAUUAAAUUACAGCACGACGCUAUAUGUUUAUAACUUUUUGAACUCCAGUCUCCAGGUAAAUAUUGAAAUUUGCUUUUUAGCCUUAGUUUCCAAUAUUCUCAGUUCUCAAACAUUUUUCAUUUCAUUUCAUUGUCUGUACCGCUUAUCCGAUCUAUCCUCGGGUCACAGGGAGCCUGUGCCAAUCUCAGGCGUCAUCAGGCAUCAAGGAAGGAUACACCCUGGACGGAGUGCCAACCCAUCGCAGGGCACACACACACUCAUUCACUAGUUCUCAAACAUAAACAUAUUAAUUUAUUUUACUUCCUGAUGCUAUGAACAUUGCUUUACUCAGAAUAUUUGACUUAUUUAGUAUUUGACUUCUUAAGUGUUAGUUUUCAGUAACUAACUGUUUUACUGGUUUAUUUACUAAUGUGUUCCAUAAUGUUAAUUAAGUGAACCUUAAUGUAAAGCA